AUGGGACGCAAGCCGAACGCGCUGAUCCUCGAGUUUUUCGAGCGAGGCGCCAAGUUGGCCGACCAGAGCAACAGAUAUGAACACAGCUGCAAAAGAUGCGGCCAGGAGCAGUUUCCAAAGGGCAGACCCGACAGCCUGACACGCCACUUGUUCGAGAAAUGUCCCAACAUCACCGACGAGGACCGCUCGCGCGCCUUGUGGCAGCCCGCCGACAAUUACAUGGCCUCGAACAACUCGACCCCCCACUCUGACGCAGACCUCCCUCUGAUACCACGUCGUGAACCCUCGGGUCUCGACGCCCUUGCCGAAGUCUCUCGCCAACUUCAGGCCAAUGGUCAACAUGAAGAGGCUCUGGUAGCCCAGCUGCGACAGCACAUGGAUCAAGAGAACAAGGACAACGGACCUUUGAUGCAUACGGCCAGCGCAGCUACUGACAUGGUCCACCACAUGCCCGCCAAGUCUAGAAAGCGUAGAGCCGAGUCAGACGUCGCUCUACAGCGCCAACUGCCACAUCCACCAGUCGAUCCACAACUCCAGCAGCAUGACGACUAUUCGUCCUUUGUCAACAACUCUCUCGACGAAAGCUCUGCCCACCAGUCGCCCCAACCUCAGUCUCAGCAAUAUCAGCAGCGUCAACAGUCCCAGCAACCACAACACCACCAAGCACACCAACCAUUGCAACAAUCCGGACACUAUUCAGCGCAGCAACCGGCACAACACACACCACAGCCUUCUGACCAGCCUUCGAAUACAUCGCAACAACCAUCUCAGCUACCUCCCCAAGAAGCACAAGAUGGCGCCCCUUCAAGCCAUGGUGAAUCACCAGCAUUUACUGUCAACCAAGGCGGCUUUGGUUUGCUGCAACGCGCCAACAAGAACAAAGUGCGUGGCAGAUUCACCGAGGAGAGACGUAAGGAAGUACAGACUGUGCGCAAGAAGGGCGCCUGCCUCCGCUGUCGCAUGUUGAAGAAGCCCUGCUCCGAAGGUACUCCCUGUGGUACCUGUCAGAAUAUCGAGAGCGCAAGACUGUGGAAGAAUGCCUGCAUUCGCUCUCGCAUCGCCGAAGAGUUCACGCUCUACUCGUCCUCUCUCUUCCAAGCCAAGGACCACCACACCGUCCUUAGUGCGCUGCAGGGUGUCGACCCCAUGCAGUUGCCUGGAAGAGUCGAGGUUACCCUGUUCCCUGACACAAACAUCUAUGCUACCUUCCCUGCUCUGAUGACACCUCCUACAGCUCCCUCCCUCAUCUUCAUGCUCAAUUACAGACGCGAUCCUGACACGCUGGCUGCCACUUUGGAACGCUAUCUGCACAUGGUCAUCAUGCAAUGCAUUUCACACGAGCCCUCGACUUUCAUGCGCUCCACUCUCGAGGUUGCUACCGAGUUGAGUGUUGAUCACAACGAUGUUCUUCUGGGAAAACUCAUCAAUCUCUGGGCUGCCACGAAUAUCCUUAUCUCGAAUGAGCCUAUUUGGUCCAUCUUCUACGAGCCUAACCACCCGCCGGUCAUGGAAGCCGUUCAAGGCGAGCAUGCCGAACAAGCUUCAUCUGCUUCGCAAGACAAGGGCCAGUCGGACCGCAAGGCCUUCUCACCAGACACCACCGAUUACGCAGUCAUCUACGCGCAGCUGCAGCAUGCCGCCGAGAGGUACUGCCAGAAGCAAGCCAAGUUCGUCAUGAACGAGCUCGAACGUCGCCUCCUGCAACGCCAACAGUCUUCGUCCUUCCUCACUUUCCUUGCCGCCGUCAUCCUGCUCAAUUGCGUCGAGCGCAUGACUGUUGCCUCACCGGGCGAACACCCAGACCGUCCAGUUGACUGGCUCUUGGAAGAAGCACCUAGUCACUACUGGCCGCAAGGCAACUCGUUCAGCAACCUCGUACACCUACUCCUUCGCAUGCGUGGUCUGCCUCCUGCGACACUGGUCCGUCACACCGGUAGUCUGGUCGUUAUCCCAAGCACACACAACAAAGCUUAUAGCUCAGAGACCCAGGGUCCUGCCGCUGAAUCCCAGUUGCAGCUUGCAGCAGCCUGGAUCGAGCGCACCAAUGUCUCGGCUUACGACCUGCUCCGAGCCAAGGACAGACCUCUAUCUGAAGUCGGAUCCGAUCCUAGAGACUGGGAUUUGAGGUUCAUUGCCCCUCUGCUGUUGCCACAGAGUUCUUAG